UGCCUGUCAGGGCUUUGCAGCAGCAGGACGAAUGACGGCCGAGUUGGAGGAAGUUACUGGGAGCAGCUGUGCUAGUAUGUAACCCUAAACGAGUUGGAGACAGCAUUGCAGUAAAAGAGAGGAAGGCAGCAGCAUUCAUGGAUAUUGUGGACAGCUUUAACAGUUUAAUACCCAGUGACCAGUUGGACGACUCCCUGAUAGCUGGUCAGAAUUUGGAAUGUGACGCGAGUAAUGCGUUUGGGACAGGACUCCGGCUGGAAGAGUCGCUGAAGAACAUGCUCAGUGAUAAAGAUCCCAUGUUUGGAUGUGCAAGCUCCUCUCAGUUCAAUCUGCUGGACAAUGAGGACUCCACUUUUCCAAUUGCUGGCUCAACAGCUGUUGCAGCUCUCGGUGAUGGUUCAGCACCCACAGGCCUCAGCGGUGAACUGACCGAUGCAGAGACUUCACAAGUCAAGCAACCUGUUGGCAGGCAGAAUAAACGUCCAAGUCAUUUAGAGAACGACACAUCCACCAACACCAUGACCCGAGGACGAAUAGGAAGGGAACCAGCGAACAGGAUCCGCAAGUCGUUUCUUAUCGAGAAAGGAGUUAAAGGCGCCCAACUGAAGAAAGAACUAAUUCUGGGAGGACGUGUUGAUAUUAAUGAUCUUCAAGGUGCAUUAUGGCUGAAUCCUUCCGUUGUAUUGAGACGAUUGACUGUCACAAUUGCAGGAUUUAAGAUUGAGCUGCUUCCAGGACCCUCUUACACACACAAUGUAGAAGGGAGCCUUGAUGGUGGCUUUUUGUAUUCUGGGGACAUUGGGUUUGCGGUGCUGCCAGGUGAUACCGUCAGUGUACAGAAUCCCACACCUGAGAACGUGGCUGAAGUGGCUGAAGUGGCUGAAGUGGCUGAAGUUGCUGAAGUUGAGAAGAGCUCUACUGAUGAUGCGGCCCUGGGGCUCGGCCCGUAUGUGAAUCCCAACGACGUGCAGACCCCCAACGGGACUUUGAUGGGGAGUACCUGCACGCAAGAGACAAAACACGACUAUCAUAGUGUUCCUGAAAAACUAAAAACCGUCGGUAAAGAAAAGGAUGGCAUCAAAGAGCCAGAAAACAUUCAGAAUAACAGAACUACUGUUAGUAACAAGACAAAUGAUAAGGAAAAACAACAGAUGGCCAAAACACUACCGAAGUCGAAACUAGGACUGCCUUCUAACAAGAAUAAAGACUUGGUUUCUGAUAAACCAAAUAACACGGUUAAGGGACAUAAAGUAACCCAAAACAUGCCAUCCAAAAUCCAAAGAGACGACCUGCUUAGAAUAAAAAAUCUCAAGGAAAAGAAAGAAAUAUCACCUUUGAAAAGGCCUGCAGAAUUCACCCAAAGUGAGCAUGCUACAAAAAUCCAAAAGACACAGGGCGCAGGUGAGAGUAAGGGGAAGCCAAGCUCUCUCGGUAAGAAGAGCCCAUCGUCUGGCAACCGCGUUGACCCGCAGGGAACAACUAAACACACGUCUCCACCCAAUAUCUCCAAGCCUGAGACGGCCUCUCAAACACCUGUUCGUCCAGGAAAUCCUUUAAAAAUGACAGAAGAGGGGGGGCAGGAAAAGCCCAAACUGAAAAAGCCAGAAAAGAUUCUUCAAAGACAGAAAAGUAAAACUCCAAGAAGCAUCUCCGUGGAUGAGCCGCAGCUGUUUAUCCCAGACAAUGCUCCUGCUGUGAAGAAGGAAAAUGCUGAAGAGACACCCGCUAACAGUGAGUCGGUAUGGGAUGGAAACAACUGCUGUGGCCUGUGCAAGAACCAGCACAAUAACACGUUCAUGGUAGGCUGCGGUCGCUGUGAAGACUGGUUCCACGGCGACUGUGUUGGUCUCGACCUUACCAAAGUACGCGAGAUGGAGGAGGAAGAUCAGAUGUACGUGUGCUUGAAGUGUUGUGAGGAAGAAAGCAAAAAGGUGGAGCCCGAGCCCCCGAUUGCAGCCAAACCAGAAGUUAAAGCAAAGGCGGAGGAACCGGAUGUGAGACCGCCCCCCAAGCCCCAACCAGGACCCUCCGAGAAACUAACCUCAGGAGGCGUCAGACCACUAAGAAAUGAUCCAGACAGGAGGCACUCCACAGAUGCAGCUCAUAAAACAGGCUUUUAUCUGAAAGAGUCAAAAAGUAAGUCUUCAGGUUCAAAGAAACCUGUGUCUGUGGAGGCGAUCCGGCGAAGUGUGCGGGACUCUCUGAAAGAAAUCCUCAUACAGAGGUUGAAGGAGUCUGAUUUGAAGGUCUCAGUGGAGAAGGCUUCUGAAGUUGCCAAGAAAACGGAGAGAGAGCUUUUUCACUUGUAUAAAGACACUGACAACAAAUACAAGAACAAGUACAGAAGCUUGAUGUUCAAUCUUAAAGACACUAAAAAUAAUGUCCUCUUUAAGAGGGUUCUCAAAGGGGAAGUUUCUCCUGGUAACCUGAUUCGAAUGAGCCCCGAGGAACUGGCCUCUAAAGAAUUAGCUGCUUGGCGACAAAGGGAGAACCGACAUACUAUUGAGAUGAUUGAAAAGGAGCAAAGAGAGGCAGAGAGACGGCCGAUCACUAAAAUCACACACAAAGGAGAAAUUGAAAUUGAAAGCCAAGAACCAGAGAAAGAACCUGAGCCCGAAGAGCUUGACUCACCUCCCAAAGUUACCGAAGUCACAGCUGAAUCUCCAAAAACCCCUGAGGAGAAAGCAGAGGGUCCCGGCACAGAGAAAGACACAACCAACCAACACAAGUCUCACUUAUUUGACCUACACUGCAAAAUCUGCACAGGUCGUAUGGCGCCACCUGUGGAGGAGGCACCGACCAAGGUGGUUAAAGUUGCCACUACAGUUGUCAGGAGGCAGUCCACCAAAUCGGAAGAGACGAAGAGCGCGGGGACCCCUGCAGAGGACGACCUGCACCUCACCGUUUUAGAGGAAAGCUUCCGAAGCGCUCAGUCGGGCUACGAUGGAAGGUCGGAUCAUGUAGCUGGAAGAGAUGAAGAAGCCGCUUUCCUAUCCAACCUGAAGUGCCUGUGGCAAGGACUCGUUCACAUGCACGCUGUGGCCAAGUUAAUGACAAAAGCCUUCCUUGUCUCAGGCACUUUGGACAACUUGUCUGAGGACCUUCCAGACAGCAUUCAAGUUGGCGGGAGGAUAACUCCACAGAUAGUGUGGGACUACUUGGAGAAGAUUCGGGCAAUGGGAACUAAAGAGGUGUGCCUGAUCCGCUUUUCCCCCGAGACGGACGAAGAUGAGAUCUCCUAUACCCUCCUGUAUGCCUACUUUAGCAGUCGUAGGCGUUUCGGGGUGGUGUCCAAUAACCGUAAACAAGUGAAGGAUAUGUAUAUCAUUCCUUUGGGCGCCACUGAAAAAGUCCCACAUCAGCUUGUUCCCUUUGAUGGGCCAGGUUUAGAAAACAACCGUGCCAACCUUCUUCUUGGACUCAUCAUUCGCCAGGCACCUAAAAGGGAAUUUGUUCCUGUGGACAUGAACGAAACUGCCAGGAUUAUUCCUGAAAUCAUGCCCAUCACCAUUUCUACAAAAGAAACCAGAGCCCAAGAGGAGGAGGAGAAAAUGUUCAUCUCCUCCUUGACUACUACACAUAAAAAAGAAAAUGAAAAACCACUUAACCCUACGGAAGAAGUUAAAGAGCCGAUUACAGAAUCUUCGGAAGAACCAUCUGCAUCGGAGGAGCCCAACAAUCAGGAGCCCGGAAAACCACUGCGCUUUCUUCCAGGUGUGUUAUUAGGCUUGGGUGGGGAAUGUCCACCUCUGCCAGAUGUUGGAGGUAAACCUGCAACAACAGCAGAUGACACCCAGAAGACUCAAGCAGCUCCAAAAACAGAGGCUUCGACUGGGAGCUUAAAAAGUCCAACAGCUGCUUCACAGCGAGAGCGCUUUGUCAUCAGAAAGAAAGACGCUAAAUCUGUUAAAGCUGAACCGGCGCUACCCAGCCCGACUCUUACAUCUGUUGCUAACAACUCAUCAGGAAAGGAUGGCGCAGCGGUGACCCACAGUGCACCUGUCUCUCUGAAAGAUAAGCCUCCAGAUGUAUCGACCGAAGCGUUUUUAGCGAGCCUUUCAGCAGCGCUGACUGAAACCAGCAGCGCUGCUUCUGCAAACAAAGGAGACGUUGGGCUUCUGUCUGAGAAAACACCAUCUGAAGGGAACUCUUUGUCGCAGCCCCAAUCCAUGGCUCCUCCAGCUAACAGCUCCAAACCUCCUUUAAGUGGAAUAUUGAAAAAAUCUUCAGCCUAUUCCAGUGUGAAUGAGGAUAAAACAGCAGUGCUACAAAAGGAUGAAGCAAGCCACCCGGCUCCUUUGAGCCCCAAACCUGUUCCUGUUGUGAGCAGUGCUAGAAAAGAGCCGGUUACACUCUUUCACCAAGGAUAUUUACAGCUUUAUCAGGCCAAGAGCAAACCCAAGGAAGAAAAACAAACAGCUAUUCCAUCACCGGCGAGUGAAAAGGAGAACCCGGGCACAUCCCAGGCUGAGGCUAAAGCACUCCAGACAGUUUGUGCUCCUGCAGAAGAACCACAGGCAGUGAGUUACUCAGAGAUCAAGCAGGACUCUGUAGUGGCACCAGCUCUCUCGGAACACAAGGAUGCAUCCAUCCCAUCUCAGCAGCCUCAGGUACCUGGCAGCUACCCCACAGGCCCUCCCCCUCCUCCUCCCCCUAACACUUUCUCCAGCCCACCCCCCCAGGAUCAGAAUCACAGUGGACCGUGGGUUCCGAAUAGCUCGUCAGACGCUCUCGCUUCACUUCAAUCCCAGUACGCAGAGAGCUGUCCCGAACCAGCUGUCCCGCCUCCGUCCCUGGCCAAAGAACAAAAGCGUCAAGAGGAGAAAUACAGCGAUCCGUGGGAGAGGCCGCGCACGUCCGAGGACAGAGAUCACCACGGGAGACACAGCCAUCACAGGGACACUCAUCACGGGAAGAAGAGCCGGAACCACGACAGGGAGAGGAAGCGCGAUCGCAGCCACGAGAGAGAGAGGAGCAGGCACCGCGGACACUCUGACGACCGCUACGGCGAGAAGAGGAAAGAGAGACACCACAGCGACGAUCACAGCAGCCGGAGUAAGGACAGACAAAGAAACAGGAGGGACUCUGAUUAUGAGAAUGGACGGAGAAGCUCAAAAGACAGUUAAUUAUUAUUUUUUUAAAGCUCUGACAUGGUUUGGGGAGGCUUUAAGAAAGACUGUUGGUCACUAAACCGGUUCAAAACACUUGAUUGUGAAGUUGUUUGUCCACGGUCCACAGCUUGUAUGCCAUUUCCUUCAUAGAAGUAACCCAUUUUAUGUUAAUAACAAUACAGCCAAAAUGAAAUAUAAUUUCAAGUCAGAUUGUGAAGACAUGUUCUCUUCAAGCCAAGAAGAACUUCAUAUUGAAACAUUUUAACCUUUGUAUUGUAUAUAUCCAGCUCCUUUUGAGCUGCCGUGCUGACUACAAACAAUCAGUAAAUGUUUUUGUGGGAACAUACGAACAACGUGUGGACCAUCUGGUGGACAUUUUAAGUUGGCAUGAAUGUAACACAGAAAACGUUUCACUGAGAACCUUGGAACAGCAGCUUUUCUCCCCCGCCCCCAUUUAAAUUCUUUUAAAUUGCUUAAUUAUUUUUUAAACUUACUUUUUUUGAAAAGGUAUGUACAUUUUGGCUUAUAAUAUACAUUAGAGAUGAAGUGUGCCUUUGCACUGUGUGUUUCUGUACAGUUCGUAAUAAAGCUAAUUCUUUUUUA